UGUGUUGUUGCUAAAUGCCUGUGAAGUUUGCGCUACGUUCAACUUUUUAGAUGUAUGAAAUGAGAUUCUGUAAUCUAUGCAUUUCAAGUGGGGAUGCUUCAGUGGUUUGUUUGGAAAAGGAAGGAAGUUCGUAGCAGGAAAAGCCAAGCGAGGACUAUAAUUAUCUCAAGUCAUUUAUCAGAAUAGACCGUCAUUUUCAGAAAGGUGCAGUAGUGUGGAUUUUACCCGCUUUGGAAUGUCCGGACUGUUUUAGAAUUGCGUGAAAAUAUAAAAACAUCAAAAUAAAAAGUAUUACAGGGAAACUUCUACAAUAAUUUAUGUAUUUUGAGAUGCUAGUGGAAACGUUGAGUUGAAUCAUUUUACUCGACAACUCUUUCAAUCAGUACGCUACAAUCUGAGGAGUGAUGGACAUAGACAUUGAGGAGCAGGACCCCCUCGCUGUAGACCCUGUAGACAGAGAUGGGAGACGGAUGGGGGAUACGGAAGGUGAUGAUGACGGGAAUAGGAAGGUUGGAUGCUGCGAGAGGUUCCAUCACUCCAUCUCUAAGUGGAUGCUUCCGGAAGAACUCCACGAACAGUACCGGGAGCGAGCCAACUGCUGCCCCCCUCCCAUCUUCAUCAUCCUCAUCAGCAUCGGAGAGUUAGCAGUGUUUAUCUACUAUGCGGUGUGGAAGCCCCAGAAGCAGUGGGUCACCCUGGGCGAGGGCAUCUGGAACAGCCCUCUCACCUACAAAUCUGACCGGCGGGAGGAGGCGUGGCGCUUUGUCUCCUACAUGUUUGUCCACGCCGGCGUGGAGCACAUCCUGGGCAAUCUGGUGAUGCAGCUACUGCUGGGCAUCCCGCUGGAGCUGGUCCACAAAGGCUUUGAAGUGGGCAUGGUCUACAUGGCAGGGGUCCUAGCAGGCUCCCUGGCCAGCUCCAUAUUUGAUCCUCACAGUGCUCUGGUAGGGGCAUCUGGUGGGGUAUAUGCCCUCAUGGGGGGAUACUUCAUGAAUGCUAUUGUGAACUUCAGAGAGAUGAUUCCUCUCCUUGGAGUGUUUCGUAUUGGAGUGAUUGUGAUUAUUGUCGGGACAGAUGUCGGAUUCGCCCUUUACAGAAGGUUUCUUACUCACGACGUUGGCUUGAAGGUCUCGUUUGUGGCGCACAUUGGAGGAGGGGUGGCUGGGAUGACCAUUGGUUACGUGUUCUUCAGCGCCUACAACAAGAAGCUCCUGAAGGACCCGCGCUUCUGGCUCUGUAUAGUCGGUUACAUUGUCUUCCUCUUGUUCGCUGUGCUCUUCAACAUCUUCCUUUCCCCUGCAUAAUUUCACACUACACAAAUGAACGUGUUUUGAAUAACGGAAAUAGGGCAUUUCAGGGACUCUGAAGGUUAUCCAAAAAAUGUAAACCCCCCUACUGCAGGAGAUAAGAUAUUUAAAUGGGAAGAGGGACCCCUGUUGUUGAAGUGUAGUAUUACACACAGCACAUUAUCUUUGUUACAUGGUGUUUUUAGUGAUGUUGAAAAUGAUAUGCAUUAUUCAUUUGAUCUCUAGGUUUUGUACUGAACUCAAUAUACCUCAGUUUGUUGGUGUUACGGGUGUUUUUUCCAUAUGAUGUUUGUCCUGAUUGGUCAGUGAGGUAGGACAUUAUUUCCCCCAAGCAGGUAAUUUCCUCCAAGUUUUAGAUUGGCCUACAAGUGUGUGUGUGUGUGUGUGUGUGUUCUGGGUAUUUUCAAGCCAUCAGGAGCAAGUGUGUCAUCUAUUGUCAUCAUAAACAAGCCAUACCAAUGGCUCAAUGCCAAGUUAUUGUUUCACUUCCCUGUUGACAGGAUGAGACGCUAUCUGCUAAUAGUACAUAUCAAUGUAAAUCUGCUCACAUAUCCUUGGCUAAACCUCUUUCAAUGAUCAUUUAUUGAAGGCGAGAUUUUAAUUUGUGUAUUUAUCAGUCAGUCUGUUCAUCUUUUGGGUGUUUAGGAUGUUUGUACAGUGGAACAGUAGAGGGCAGCACUUUCCAUUGUAUAUUAGGCAUUUUCUAUAUCAUUUCAAUUGUGUCUGUGUGUAUUAGUCUACAUAACCUUUCAGUAAAAUGAAAAGGUCAUUGAAAAGGCCUCAUCUAGGCCAUCUGUAUGGAAUAUUUUUAUUGAUUAUAUUUUCUAAUGUUUUUCCUAAACUUAUUUGUUGUGAUAUUUGUUAGUUGGUAUCUGAAACCAAAUAGUGGUUCAACAAAUCUCUAAGAAACCAAUACAUACUUUAGGUAUUUAUUAUGUAAUUACAACUUUACCAUGUACUUUCUAAGUAAAUGUCUGGUAGAUAGCAUAACAUUCCAAUUGUAAAUUACUUGUUUUGUAUUUGAAGGUCAUUUUUGGAUCUCCAGACUCGAUCUUGUAUCCUUUCAUCACUUUUACAUUAAAUACAUAUUUUACAUUUCCAAAAUCCCUUCGGAUCUUAGAUCUGCGUUGACAAAGCAAUGCAUAAACCGAUCUCUGAAAAUGAUUGGAUUAUUAGUUUUGUUGUUGUGUAUACUCUAUUUGGUGUUAUACGACUAAUAUGUUUUGCCAAGAUUAACUAUCUUAAUUCAUCUGGCCUUUAGAAUGCCAGACAUGGAGGUUAGUGAAUGGGUAUGGAGCAGGUUAUUUGCUUGACUGAUGUCUGACCUGACCUAGGGUUCCAGGCAGCCUCGCUUCUAUGGCUCUCAUUAUCUGACAGUCGCUUCAAAAAAAGACAAUUGAUCGUACCCCAAUGACAGCCACCACUCUAGCCAGUUUAUGUGGAACAUUCCAUAGUUCCAGACUCGGAACAUCAAUACAGUGACAUUAUUUAAUUAUGCGCUAGUUAAUGCUUGCUUGUUUACGUUGUGGACACUUAAACCAUUGGUUAAGAGGGGUAAUGAAGCUUCAGAAAGUAAUGGCCAAGUUGUCAUUGCAAA